AUGACUUCCCCCAACGGUCUCGUCUGCUUUACCAACUGUUUAAUCCCUCUUGAAGAUGGGAGUCUAGUCGAGAAGGACCUUUGGAUUGACGAGAGAAGAGGUGUCAUUCUGAAUGCACAGCAAACGUUCUUCGCCCGAAAGGAGCGGCCGGCGCGUAUUGUAGACCUUGGAGGCAACAUCAUCAGUCCUGGUUUCCUUGACAUACAGAUCAAUGGUGCCUACGGCUUCGAUUUUUCCGUAUACGAAGGCGACGAUGAGCUGUAUAGAAAAGGCCUCUUACACGUCUCUGAAAGCAUUGUAGAGACAGGAGUCACCUCCCUUAUCCCGACUAUUAUCACCCAAGAGAAAUCUCUCUAUCCCAAACUCCUCGAUCUUCUUCGUCCGAUUUCACCAGAGAAUGGUGCAAACCUUCUCGGGUGGCACGCCGAAGGUCCCUUCCUCCAACUUGCUAAGAAGGGCGCGCACGCCAGCCCAUUCCUUCGUUCCGCCCCCGAGCGUAUCGCCACCUUCGAAGAAGUCUACGGUGCUGCGAAUCUCGCACACAAGGAAGAUUGGCUCAUGAACCCCACAGAUGACGCGUCCACGGGUGUCCGCAUCAUUACAGCCGCUCCUGAAAUCGAGGGUGUGAUGGACACAGUGAAGGACUUGACGGAGCGUGGAAUUGUAUUCUCUAUUGGCCACAGUAUUGCCACUACGGAUAUCGCGACGUCUGCUGUCCGCCACGGUGCGAGGUUGAUCACCCAUCUCUUCAACGCCAUGCCUCAACUGCACCAUCGCGACCCAUCCAUCAUUGGUCUUAUCAGCGCUUCUCCUCACCUGGACCCGCCCAGCUUCACUCCUAUCACCACAAAUGUCGCGCCGUUCUAUGAGCUCAUUGUGGAUGGAAUACACUCGCACCCAAACUCCGUCAGAUUGGCAUACAACACCUACCCCGAGGGCUGUAUCCUUAUCACCGAUGCUAUGAAAAUUUUGGACCCCCAUCUCAAGGAUGGUGUUCAUGAAUGGCGCGACGGCAAACGCUUUGUCAAACAAGGUGUGAAGCUCUUCCUAGAAGGGACCGACACAUUAGCCGGAAGCGUUGUAACUCUCGACACCUGUGUGCGCAACUUCUCCCGCUUCACCGGCUGCUCAUUGGGCGAGGCUAUCAAGUGUGCCACCUACAAUCCUGCACGAUGCUUAGGCAUCGAGAAUAAGAAGGGUACGCUGCGUCCAGGUGCAGACGCAGAUCUGGUCGUCUUGGAUAGAAAGGGCAAUGUAUUGAGUACUUGGAUGAAGGGGAAGCAGGUGUGGGCUCACACCUAG